CGCUAACCUGAUGUGGUCGCUGUCGCUGAUGCUGAAGAUGAUCAUGCUACCAACGAUAUUGUCUGCCGCUGCUGUACGUCUUUGGAAUGUCUAUGUGACGUCUUCACGUGACGUCACAUGGCACCUUCCUCUGCCUCCAGGACAUUUCGGAAUCCCUUUUAUUGGAGAAUCGUUUUACAUGCUCUUCUUCAGGAAUCUCUACUUGCAACGGAAGCGCAAUGCGUACGGGAACAUUUACGUCACGCAUCUCUUUGGCAACCCGACAGUGCGCGUCUGUGGCGCGGAGUACGUGCGGCGCAUCCUGCGUGGAGAGAACACGCUCGUGGAGACGCAGUGGCCGCUGAGUACUCGCCUGCUCCUGGGAGAGGGGUCCCUGAGCCACGCCCGCGGCCUUGACCACACCGUGAAAAAGAAGGCGCUUCUCAAGGCAUUUUCGUCCGACGCAUUAUCCAGUUAUGUUCCGGUAAUACAACAAAUAACUCGGAAGUAUAUACAACAAUGGAUCGUUCGCGGGCGAGUCAGCGUCUGUGAGGAGAUGAAGACCUUGAACUUCGAGCUGGCGCUUCGGGUGCUGCUCGGUGCCGAUCUGGCGGCCGCGGAACAGAGGCGGCUGACACACGUGUUCGAGACCUUCAUGUGGAACCUGUUUUGUCUUCCGCUGGACAUGCCUGGGUCUGGAUUAAGGAAGGGUAGGGACGCCCGCAACAAGCUCCUUGCAGUCAUAGACGAAAUCAUAAAAACGCGACAGACUCAGGCGCCUUUUGAGGACCGGAACAGCGUUCUCGGCUACAUACAGGCGGCGGAACGCGCGGGAAGUUACACACACGAGGAGGUGAAAAACCUCUGUCUUGAGCUGCUGUUUGCCGGCCACGGGACUACGUCGAGCGCUGGAUGUUCCCUGGUGUACUAUUUGGCGAAGCGCUGUGACGUCAGAGAAAAAGUUAUCGCCGAGCUGCAGGCCCACGGGUUGCUGGGUGUGGGGUGUGAUCACGUGACUCUACAGCAGCUGAACCAGCUCUCAUACGUGAACAACGUCGUGAAAGAAGUGCUGCGGAUCAGCGCGCCUAUCCCUGGCGGCUUCCGGCGAGCUUUGCAGACAUUUGAAAUUGGCGGCUACCAGGUACCUAAGGGCUGGUCGGUAACCUACGACAUCCACAGCACGCACGGGAUAUCCGGUUGCUCCUGUGACCCAGCGGCAUUCAACCCGGACUGCUGGAAUCAGGCUUCGACACCGGUAGCCUACAUGCCCUUCGGCGGUGGGCGACGCAGCUGCGCCGGCAAGGACCUAGCCCGAAUCAUGCUAAAGGUGUUCGUCGUCGAACACGUGCGCGGCUGCAGCGUCCGUCUUCUAAACGAGCGCACGCGAUUCCAGACGUUCCCGAUGCCGUACCCGACAGACGGCAUGCCGGUCAACGUCACGUGUUUAUAGGGCGUGCGACAAUUACAACAACAACAACAACAGCAGCAGCAAUACGCCAAGAACAAAAGCAAAACGAACCCCAUUUGUAUAUACAUGUAUAUUUUCUUGCAUUUAAGUGCAGGUGAUAUGCAUUUUAUAACUUUUCGAAUUUCCCAUUAUGCAUUGUAUGUGGAUUAAGUUGAGUGACGCUAGUACACAAUAGGUCUACUGGCUCCCUACGGAUUAUUUAUAUUGUACGUUUAGUGUCUAUUAGUGUUUUGUUCUAUGUUUGUCAUGUGAACGUAUUUAUUUGCUUCUCAGGGAUUGUUUCCGGUGAUGCUUUGUGUUUAAUGAAUUUUACCUCCUUGUAUGUAUAUAUACAUUUACAUGUAUUUAUUUUAUUGUUAAUGCUUACAUAUAUGAUUUUUAAUUAUUUGGCUCAUUCAUGCUGGCGUUUUCUUCCGCAAGGUUUUAAGAACGAGUCAUGCCAAUGAAGACGAUAAUGUAACGCUACCGUAAACAAACCUUG